CAUUUUUUUAGCAUGCAACCUGCAGAGUUACACGACAUGCACGAUAAAUGUAUCUUCGCCCUGUCGCCCUGCGUGCGCUAAACUUAAAAAAAAGGGUGUCGAGAAAGGGUACUGCAAGAGACAUUCUAAAGCAGAUGUUUUGGACCUGUGGCCAAACAUGCCAAACUGAAUUACUUGUGACAUCAUACAAAAUGGGCUGUAACUGCACAAGAGAAUGUAUUGAAUUUGAUGGAAGACGCUUCAAUGUGUUGAGACGACUUGGAGAAGGAGGCUUCAGUGUUGUUGAUCUUCUUGAGGAAAAUGACACGGGUAAGAGGUUUGCACUGAAGCGAAUCCAGUGCCACUCACAAAAUGAGCAGAAAUUAGCGAAAGAGGAGGCAGAGUAUCAUCGUAGAGUACAUCACCCAAAUCUUAUAUCACUGGCGGCAUGGAAGGUUACUGGUCAGUCUGCAGGUGUCACAGAAGUUUUGCUUGUCUUGCCAUUCUUCAGAAGAGGCACAUUACAAGAGGAGUUAGACAGACUAGCUCACAGAGGUGAGCAAAUACCAGAGCCCCGACUACUCAGACUCUUUAGAGCAAUAUGUGAUGGAGUCAAGGCACUACACCAUGCAUCACCAGUUCCCCUUGCACACAGGGAUCUGAAGCCUGGGAAUGUACUUCUAUCAGACAAUGGAACACCUGUCAUCAUGGAUUUUGGUUCCAUGGCACCAGCCAGACUUGAGGUUAAAGGUCGAUCAGAGGCCCUUGCUGUACAGGAUCUUGCUGCUGAGAAGUGUAGCAUGUUGUUCCGAGCACCAGAGCUCUUUCAUGUUGAAAGCCACACCAUCAUUGAUGAGAAGGUGGAUGUUUGGUCGUUAGGAUGUACACUAUAUAACAUGGCUUUCCAGCAGUCUCCAUUUGAGCCUGUGUAUCAACGAGGGGACAGUUUGCAUCUAGCUGUUCUUGGACGCAACUUCAAGUUUCCAGGCAACUCAAGGUACUCGACUGCCCUCCACGAACUCAUAUCCUCUAUUCUGGUCGUAGAAGUCAUAGAGAGGCCUUCAGUAACAUGGAUUAUUGAGCAAUUGGACAUCAUGCUCCAAGAAGUGGAACACAGGGUGUAAAGAUCAAAGAUCUAGGUGCAUAUAGCCAGGUCAGGUUUAAUAUGUCUCUGCUGCAUACAUGUAUAUCAUGUAGCUAUGAUAACUCACACAAAUUAUCAGUGACAAAUACUCCUCCCAUGUAUAACUCUGCCCCUGUAAUUCAGGACUAAUGAAGUUCUCCCUUGAAAAAAGAAGUUUACAUUGUAGUUAAACUGUCACGAGAGGGCUCAAAUCAGUGGAACCAAACGACUAGACAGAAAGUUUAGGGCAAGGUUCCCUCUGUAAUAAAUGAAAUCGGUUAUUGAUAACCAGCGGUGUCACUGGGGCCUGGUCCCAAAUGGUCGACUAGGUAGUCCAAACCAUCCAUUGUUUGGGCCGUGUUAAUCGAAUUAUAGUUAUUUAGUUGUCACUUGAACUUGCCUUGAUAUUUUGCAACUCUUUCACAUAAUGAUCACAUAUGGCCCUGAAUUGCUCUGCAUAUUGUUUAUGCUCUGAUAACUGAAUGAGAUGGAUUGCACAUUGUCACUUUGAUUUCUUAAGUUUGUCAACUAUCAUCAAUUUCGCUUGCCGGAUAACUGGCAACUUCAAAGUGCAGUAGCUACCUGGCUAAACCUGCAACCUGCAAACAGGCCUUUUGGAGAAGAAUGUUGGGGUGCACAAUUUUGUCAAUCACUCCACUGAUAAUAUAAAUUGUACCAUAUUUCAUUUGAUUCCUUUCAGAAAGAGUCUACUUUGUAAUUGUGGAAUAUCAACAAUGGAGUAUGAUUCACUAUUUUUUAAAAGUUCAUGUACAUGUAGCAAGUUGGAAAACGGGAUUUAUCCGAAACCUCAUUUUGACCAGUUCUUUGUAUUGAUAAGCUUAAUCUAAGUACUUAACGGCACACUUGACAUGCAAUAGUAUUUCACAGAGAACAAUACAGGUUUUUUUUGUGCAAAAUAGUGAGGACAUUGAAAGCUUUUUAUAGUGAAGAUAGCAAGUAAAAGGUUUCCAGUAGCACCACGCCAUAGGGAUAUUGCUGUUCUUAGCAAGUAAUCUAAAGCCCAAAUCUGCCGAUGACAGGGCAAACACUUAUUUUUGUAUAUUUAUUCCUCUUUCAUUGUAAAGGUUCUCUUUAAGAGCAUCCUGAUUUAGUGAAAUCUUACAUAUACAUGUCAUGUUCAGGGUUUUAUUUGGUGAAACAAAGCAUUACACAUUUCUUUUAUACAUAUACCAGCUUGUGUUUACAAUUCUUGGGUAAAAUGUAACGAAAGGCAUACAUGUAUGUAUAAAAAGCAGUCUCCAUAUUAAAUCCAUAGAGAACUGAAAUCUUGCAGAGUUAA